GUCGGCCACAACACACGAGCAGUGAGCAGCCGCCCCAAGCACCAGUUAUCCGACCAACAGUUACCCGACGGUUCCAACGGCGACAACCUUAAGGGCCAGACAGAAUUCACGACAACAAAAAUGCCUGCACGCAUCUCAUUCUACAGACCCACGGGGCAGUCGCGUCGUCAAGCACGCCAAACCCACGACCACGACGUGUUCGAGGGACUCCCGGUCCGCAGAUGGCGCCGCGAUUGGGUCUCGGUUGGUAAACCCGCGUCAACGAUCACCGCGCCGCAGCCCGAGCUCCCCCUGCCGAAGGAUGCGCACCUCCUUUCCGCGACGUCGCAGGGACUCCUUGCCGCUGCGCGCGCGGGGUCGAGCAGCGAGGACGCGCCGAAAGCUCGUGAGCCCCAUCAUGCCGAGCCGCUGUUUCGCACCAAACGCUGGGUCCGCAUCGCGAAGGAAAUGGAGCCUCCGGAGCCUGUCUACCUCGCCAAGAUACCGGUUUUGUCGGGAAAGAAGGCGGAGGAAAAUCCUGCUGCGAACGGCGCCGCGGACGGAGGCGGUGUCUCUGUUGGUAGCAUUAACCCGAGGAGACGCGCGCCACCUCCGCCCAAGAAGAAGAACAAGCGUCCUGGACGCAAACCGGGGUUCAAGAAAUCCGUUUCUUUCGUCGAUGGGCAACAGUCGACCGAUCCGGCGCAUGAGGAUCAGCCGCAGGCCAACGUUGAUGUCGACAUGAUGGACGUUGACGCCGCUACCAAGAUGGAACUGGUGCCCCAGAAUGCUGUCACCAAGGAGAUUGAGAAGGCCGAGACCACCACUGAGGCUGUCAUCAUAGCGCAGAAAACCGAGGCGGGUGCGCACCACUCGCUUCCCCCCAAGCCAAACUUCUAGGAGUGGGAGGUUGCCAUUUGAGAGGCCGCCAUAUGUUUGUGUGCGUUUUAGGGAUCUGCUUGGUUGUUUUAUUUGCUGGUCGCUGUUACAUGCUUGCUUCUUCGUGUUAGAAUUAGCCCGGGUCCCCAAUACCUGUUUUCAUUUGAUUGUUCUCGGCUUUUUUUCUUUUCUUUUUCGAUUCGUUUAUUUUGAUGGUUCUGUUGUGUAAUUCGCACGACAUUAUCGCGUUCUGCGAUGGCCAGAGGAGAGAUGGAGGGCCAGAGAGCAGAUGGAAAAGGCAGUGUGCUUCUAAAUACAGUUCCGGAAUGGGUCGUCAAUCUCAUCUAAUCUUUCCAUCGCAGAUGUCAUCAGUCUGGAAGUCUAUCCUUAAUCUCCGCU